UGCUACUCCAGAUUGACAAAGAUGUCAGGAGGUUGUGCCCAGAUAUAUCUUUCUUCCAAAGAGCCACUGAGUACCCCUGCCUGCUCAUCCUGGACCCGCAAAAUGAGUUUGAGACCCUUCGUAAGCGGGUGGAGCAGACGACACUGAAGUCUCAGACGGUGGCCAGGAAUCGAAGCGGGGUUACAAAUGUAAGAGCCAGUUGGGGAUCUGAGAUAGUUUUCUUUUUUAAGAUUUAUUUAUUCUGUUUGAAUGUUUGCCUGUGUGUGUGUGCGUGCGUGCGUGCGUGUGUGUGUGUGUGUGUGUGUGUGUGUGUGUGUGUGUGUGUGCAUGCACUGUGUACAUGUCUAGUGCCUAUAGAGGUCAAAAAAGGCAUCAGAUCUCCUGGAACUGGAGUCAUGGAUGGUUGUGAGUGCUGUGCUGGGAAUCGAACUCUGGUCCUGUACAAGAACAAGUGCUCUUUCCUGUUGAGCCAUCUUUCCAGCUCCCUGCGGUCUUGUCUCCCCCCUCCCCCCUUUAAGAUUUAUUUAUUUGUGAGUAUUCUAUCUGCUUGUUUGCCUGCAUGCCAGAAGAGGGCAUCAGAUUUUAUUAUACAUAGUUGUAAGCUACCUUGUCCUUGCUGGGAAUUGAACUCAGGACCUCUGGAAAAGCAGCCAGUGCUCUUACCCACUGAGCCAUCCAUCUCUCUCCAGCCCAUGGGGCUUUUCCUGACAGGCUGUCCCUUCCUGUCUCCUUUGGUGCACUGGCCACAGGGCACUGGGUGCUUUCUGAAGGUUGCUGUCAGAGGCCUUUUGUUGUAGUUCCAGCCGGGCAUGAGAGCUACAGGCCAGGCACUGUCCUCAUCUCAGGCGCUUCUGCUAGAGGUAGAGUGGAGACAGUCCUGAGGGAUGUCCCAUUGUGGUGCGAGCAGCAGUGGGACAGCUAGCCAUCCAUCCAGGUGUGGGCCUCAGCGGCUGCAGCGGAUCUAGACAGCAGGAGGUGAAGGACAGAGCAGAAGAGCUGCCUGAGUAUUAUGGAAGGCAUGUGCCAAGUCCUCAGAUACGAGAGAAUGAGCUCCCCGCACAAGAACAGUGCGCCAUCAGCCCUGAACGAGUAUGAGGUGCUACCCAAUGGCUGCGAAGCCCACUGGGAGGUGGUGGAGCGCAUCCUGUUCAUCUAUGCCAAGCUCAACCCUGGCAUCGCUUACGUGCAGGGCAUGAAUGAGAUCGUGGGCCCCCUCUACUACACUUUUGCCACUGACCCUAACAGCGAGUGGAAAGAGCACGCUGAAGCAGAUACCUUUUUCUGCUUCACCAACCUCAUGGCUGAGAUCCGGGACAACUUCAUCAAGAGCCUGGAUGACUCCCAGUGCGGUAUCACCUACAAGAUGGAAAAGGUGUACUCCACCUUGAAGGAUAAGGAUGUAGAGCUCUACCUGAAGCUGCAAGAGCAGAGUAUCAAGCCUCAGUUCUUUGCCUUCCGAUGGCUGACAUUGCUGCUGUCCCAGGAGUUCUUGCUGCCUGAUGUCAUCCGUAUCUGGGACUCCCUCUUUGCUGAUGGCAACCGAUUCGAUUUCCUCCUCCUGGUCUGCUGUGCUAUGCUCAUACUGAUCCGGGAGCAGUUACUGGAGGGGGACUUCACUGUCAACAUGCGGCUUCUGCAGGAUUACCCCAUCACAGACGUCUGCCAGAUCCUACAGAAAGCCAAGGAACUCCAAGACUCGAAGUAACGUGGUAGCAGGGUCCCAGCUUUGGAAGAGCAGCCACUGCGCUUGCUCCACACCCUUGUUUUGGGGACACAAAGGAGCCUGUGAGAAAGCCAGCCUGAAGGGAAGCUACAGUCCUGGCCAGCUCCAGGUCUUCCCAGCCUGGUUCCCAUGGUCCAGGGUGCUCCUGGAGCACGCCGCGAUGCGCUCCUUCCCAGUGCUCAGCCCUGCCACACUCCCUGCACCUCAGCCCUGGGACCCUCCACCCAGACUGCUCAGCAGGGCCGGAGCUCCUGAACUGGCUUCCUGGGGCUGGGGCCAUUUGGGGCCUAGGAGGCUGACAGGGUCCUGCCAUGCCUCUGCCCAGUAGCUCCUCACCCCUGUGCUUUCAUCUUCCCUGAGUCCUGGUCAGGGGAGGCAAUUAGCUAAUGGGCCAGAAACAACUUCUGAGUGUUGGUGCUCAGACUGCCUGGGGAAGCACCCCAGAAGAGCUGAGUGACUGCCAGUUCUAGGGCCACCGUUUGUCCCUGUCCGGUGUGUUUGCUUGUGGCCGGUAGGGUUGUCUCCCAGGUCUCUGCUUUGUGUGUGUGUGUGUGUGUGUGUGUGUGUGUGUGUGUAUGUGUGUGUGUAUGUAUGUAUACAUGUGUGUUCACACAUGCCCUGGCAGUGGGGUGAGGGUAUGUGGGAACCCUCUAAGGCCCUGCUUCCCCUCUGUGUCUACCUCUGCCUGUCCCUUUUCUUCCUUUGCCAGAGGCGUGUGUGGCUCCUGCUGUCUUUCUUUUGUCUGUCCUCUUUACCCUGGCGCUCUCCUCCCCUCUGCUCCCUGAGGCCAGCAUUCAGGAGUGUAGCUUAGUGAGAAAGCCCUGGAGGCCAACUUUAUUGGCAUCCUGUUCCCAUCCCCAGCCUGAGGCCUCCAGGUCCUCUAUGUCAGAGCAGGAAUCCCCAGUACCUGCUCCAAUGGCAGCCUGUGAUGCUUUGAGCCUCUCGCCCAUUUUCUACUCAAGAAUGGAGAAAGGAGGGAUGGGGAGAGCCUUCAGUUGGAGAGUAAGAUACCCUGGCUGCUGUGUGCCUGGGAGUUGCCAUUUCAGGAGUGAUGUCAUCUCUUUGAUGGCCAUGUUCCCAUCUGGUGUGUGUAGUUCUCAUCAAGGGCAAGGGACCAAAGAAAGCUUCUCUGGGUCCAGGGUGGCUAAACUGGAAGGCCUGGAGCUUCACAGUACCAGAGGGCUACCUCUGCCAUCUGCCCCCAUGGGAGGCGGAGCGGGGAGGCGGCGGGGGGGGGGGGGGGGGGGGGAGGCUUCGGAGGUGCUGGCCUUCCUGGUCAUGUGCUUGAUCUAUCUUCUGACUUUGGGGCUGGGUUCCCUGAACCCUAUAGACUUUUCUGACCAUGUUUCUUCCGGAGGUCAGGUGGCUUGAGUCCUGAAGGCAGGUUGGCAGCAAGGGCUCUUAACCUUCUCCAGAGACUGGCCAGCAGGAGUGAGGCUCCAGUAGCUGGCACCUGAAGCCUUCCUGAGAGCAGAGGGCAGGGCUGCCUCCUUCCCAGGCCAUUGCUUUAGCCAGGUUGGGUUGAGUGCUGCUGGGACUCUACCUGCCUUUUUACUACCUUCUCUCUCAAUACACAACACCUGGGACGUAUUUUACUAUUUAUUUGGACACAGGCUAGCUAUUUAUUGCAGAGUGGCAAGUGACCUGGGGAGGAGUGGCCAGGAUGCUAAAGGAGUUGGAGAAUUCAAAUAUGGAUUGUCUUAUUCCCCAAGGUUAACCCUGACAUCCUCUCCCCGUUCCUGCCUGAGAGGGCUGCCAGCUUUACCCUAGAGCCGAGUAUAAGGGAGGCCAUAUACACUCCCGCCAUCUUGACCGCCCCCAGACCUAGGACUUGGUAGCUGGUAGCUCAGCCCCAGUACUGCUCCCUUUGUUGACUGGGACGCAGCAAAUGCUGCCCAGGACGCGGAUGCAUUCAUUCCUUCUUGCCUGCCUCCCCCACCCCACCCCUUGCCCCGUUUCCUGGGACCAUGCUACUGGAAUCACUGCAUCUGAUUUGUUUCUGUGGGAGACCUGCAUCCUGUGCCCACCACUUGGUCCUUGAGAUGAAGGCCAAGGACAUGGAGACUUUGUCUUGGGUAGGGUGGCUCCGCAGUUGGACGCUGCCUGAGGGAAGGAUCUGCCCUUGAUUCUUAAGGGGGAACCCCGAGCCUGAGCUCCUGCAGCUCCCGGGAGCUCAGCAGGCCAGGGCUGUUGAUGAGUCGUCCUUAAUAAACUGUGCUCUUUACCAUG